GUUGAUGCUGAAAGUCAGUGAUGUCCUUACUUUCAACUGCAUUUGAAUUUAAAUUUGAUUUAUAUGAAUACACAUGAACAAAUCAAGCAUAUUAAAAUGAACAGACUUAAAGUAUGACUAUGCAACUUUGGUGGCAGUUAUGGUUUAAUGCUAAAUGCUAAAAAUAGCAGUAGGACAAGUAGAACAGCUUCAUAUAGUCAGUCAUGUCAGUUACACAGCAAUACCUAAUUAAGAUUUCCACUAACUUGAGUCACAAUCAGCUACUAGUCACACUAAACCAGUUAAGUCUUCUUUAGGUAGAACUAACAGAACUAACACUGGCUAUGUCAUAAUAUAGCUACAACUUAAAACUUACAAUUUAAACAAUGAAUUUAUUAGAGUAUUAGAGUAUUUCAAGUUUACAUUGUUGCAUUUUUGAAAAUGUGAAUAAUAUUCCCACGCUUACUGAAAGUACUUAGAUUACAGGAAAUCCACUGUGUGAGGUGUGACAUCACGCUUUCUGUUCAUAGCACUCAAAAGACACACCUUUCUUCAUACAUGCACUUCCGUUUGUAAAAUGAAGAAAUAUAUCUGAGAGAUACCUUGGCAUUUCUUCACUGGCUGGCUAAAGUUUAAGUCAUCCAGCAAAUGUCUAUAAUGUCUGAAGGAAGGAACACUCCUACAGGGAAUUUAAAGUAUAAGCUCACACCCAAUCACACAUACAGACACGUACACGCAGGCAGGCACAAGAGCUAUUAUGUAAUGAAAAAAUUCCUGCUUGACUUGCAGUCAUAGAGGUGGAGCUUGUCAUGAGUUUCAAGGAAAGAGAAAGACAUUUGUAGAAGUGCUUGCUUUCAUUGACGGAACUCAGCUGUCUGUCUACCGUGGGCACGUUAUACUGGUAGGUUCAAUUACUAUUUUGUUUGUGUGAGUGUCCUGCUAUGAGCUGUGAUCUUUGUAGGAUGACAUGCACUAAUAUCUGUGUGUUAUUUAAGGCAGGAUAUAAGCUAUAAUAAUACAUUUACAUAAUUUAUUACUUUUUCUAAUAAAUUAACACAACAAUGGCUGUAUUGUAUCAAAAUUAAGAGUAUUUGACUUUGAUCUUGAUAGUGUGCUUUCAUUCAUUUGUUUUCUCUUAAAUCUUUUCCUUUGGUUGGUUAUCUGUAUUGUCUUUUUUCUCAUUAAACAGCUUAAAAUUAUGUUGAUGCUAAAGGAUGUAAAGGAGCUGUAGUUGUAGUUAUUCUGUGAAUCAGUAAAUAGGUUUUCAAAUGCUAUCCUGGGAGAAGUGCAAGAAAAAUACAUUAUGUUAUAUAAGAAAUGUAUUGGAAUAAGCAAGCUUGCAUUGCAUUUUAUUAUUCCUGCUGAUAACCUCAUUGAUUAUCACAUCUGUACGUAUGCCAUUUAUCAGGCCUGCAUAUAAUAAAGUGUUUAUGAUAAAGAUCAAAGUGCAGGAGACUGUCACACAGCAGCUGACUGCAGUCACGUUGCAUUUCAAGACUUCAGCCUGUAAUUUGUUUUACAUUGUGGUAAACUUGGAUGAAAUUUCAACAAAAUGUUUGUGCAUAUUAAGAACACAACUUUUUUUUCUAAAAUUACAUUGUGAUGCUUUUUACAGAUGGACCAAAAUGGUGCCUGAACUGCUGGGGUGCAGCUCAAAACAGCUGCUUUUCUUCAGAUGCUUCAGAUGCAACCACAUUUCUACUUUCAUCACAGAGUGAAACCUUUGGUUAAACUUUUCAACUGACAACAAAAUGAGUCAGUCAGACAAUCAAUACACAAAACUGCGAUGGUUAUUAACCAUCGUUGGACUGUUCUUGUAUGUGGUGGACAUUUGGACAGACAUUGGACUGGCUCUGAAAUAUUUUCGGGAUAAACAUUUUGUGUGGACUGGACUGACUCUAGCGUUUGUUCUGGCUGGGCUGCUGGUGACGCAGAUCUUCAGUUAUGCCUGGUACAGGGAUGACAUGAAUAAUGUUCUGAUAAACCCAGAGGGAAAACCAACCUUAUCAGGCAUAUCCAAAGGUGGACUUGCUGUCCUGCACCUGUUUGGUGUGGGCAUCUUCACCAGGUAUUGUCAGCUGCUGAAACAAGGGUUCAAAGUGCUUUGGAAGACAAGAAAUGACCAUACAGGGGAUGUGCACUACAAACUGUUUUGCAUGGCUACUGAUCUGAGCAUGCUCAAACUGUUUGAGGCUUUCCUGGAGAGUGUUCCCCAACUGCUUCUACAACUGUACAUAGUGCUGGGCCAUGCAGAGUGCUCAGUCCUGCAGUAUUUAUCUAUGACAUUCUCCUUCUUUAACAUUGCCUGGGCCCUGGUGGACUAUCGUCGCUGCCUUCGCAGAUCCCUCCGCCAUGUCAAGGAGAUGCCGUCUGGCCUCCCCACAGCAAUAUACCUCCUCUACAAACUCUUCACCAUCACCAGCCACAUCUUAAGCUACACCCUCCUCCUCAUACUGAGCACCUACACAACAAUAGCCCUCACCGUCCUCUGGCUGCUAGGAACAACCUGGACACACUGUCUUCAAACCAACUUCUGCUCAUCCAGAGGCCUUGAGCUACUGUACCGAGCGGUCAUCGGAGUCAUACUCACGUUCACCUUUUUCAACGUCAAAGGACAGAACACCAAAGUAGAAAUGAUCAUCUACUACUUCUUUUAUUCUCUUAUGCACAUUAUGGCUCCUUUAUUGCUGUUUUUUUUUAAGCCAGAGUUGCAGUCAACCACGUUUCUGCUCACAGUCAGUGGUUUAAUCUGUGGAGGCACGGUGCUGGGACUGGUGUGUCUCGUGCUCUAUUACCUCCUCCUGCAUCCCAGAGGGACACAGCGGGAGGCAGAUGAGGUGGAUGGCCUAGGAAAUGAAACAGAGACCACACUGAGAAUAAGUAACUUUUUACAGCCUUGAUAAAAAUCUAUUUCCAAUCUUGGUUGUGGAGGACAGAGAGAAAAAGAUACACACUUUCUGGAAAUCUGAAAAUACCUAACAAUUUGAUGAAGAAAAGACUGAAUAGAGCCUGUUCAGAGAGAUGUUAUCUUGAUAUUGUGAUCGGUAUUAUACUACAUUUUAAUGCUGCUAUCGAGUUAUCUUACCAUGAAGUUUACUUUGUCAAUACUGACACAAAUGGCACCCUAAGAAAUUAAGUGCAAUAUUAAAUGACCUGUUAUUUAUUCAAGACCAUCCAUUAAUAAUGCAAGACCAUCCAUUAAUAAUGCAUUGUAAUAAAAUUAUGUUAUAUAUAUUUUUUGUGUUAGACAUAUACAUUUAUGUAAGAACA